AUGUCUUCUCAGCAGCCCCUGGCUUCGACACACAUUAGUAUCUCGCCCAAGAUUCUCUCAGUGCCGAGAGACUCUGAAACACCAUAUGCCUCAGAGCUUACUAGCAUCUCGACCUCCGCCACUCCCCACGUGUACCAAGAGAACACAAUGGCGCCACUUACUUUAGCGCCCAAACGAGCUCAGAUGAACAGUCGCUCACUAUCAUUAUCGUCAGUGCAAAGGAAGCCCUUGCCGCCCAUCGGGCCUUCACUGGCCAUCAUGAGGUACUCAUUGGACCAUCAUGUUGAUACCAGACCCAGUCUCCUUCAAAGCCCGACUUUCAUGUCAUAUCCAGUAGAUAGUCUGAAAUUUCAGAUGGCUCAGGUAGCGCCGGUGUUGCCUAGAAAAUGUAGUGCUAUCUAUUCCAGUAAGGAAAGCUCAUCAGUGCCCGAGCUGUCUCCCGAAUUAUCCCAUGAGCUUAGUACAAGCGCUGAGCUCCAGAAGUCUAUUCCCUGUCAAAGUAGUCCAAGCUUAUCAGUCCCCGAAUCUCUCGCGCCUAUUGACACGACAUAUAAUCAGCCAUGGAUAACUUCUCCACUCACUUCACCCGACUCAGCAAGUUCAUGGCUCAGCGAAACUGAUUCUAUUGUCCCUCCACACUUAGUCAUGCCAGCUCUGUCCCCGGAAUCUCACUCAUCUCUCAAUCGACCUAUUACUUCUCCAUGUCUCAAGGAAACAGACGAUCUAAGUCUCGUGCCACUCGGAUUUCAACCAAUGUCGCCAACUACUGCAACACUCAGUUCCUUCUUCAGUUGGCCGGGAAAUAUCUCCCCGGCCCUAUCGACCACCACAUUUUCUCAACAAUCUUCUAGUCCCAUCUCAACCCCGCCAGCUUCUGAAAAAGGCGUCCGAACUGCAAACGAGGGUUCCUACCGGAAUAAGCCGCUUGGAAUAGAUCUAACUAAAGCAAAUAUUAAUGAAUGUUAUUUCGAAGGCUCAAAACUUCAACUUCCACAACAAAUUCUUACCCCGUCAUAUUGCCUCGAUGAUAUGGAGAGAGAACUUCAAGAAAUAAGUUCAGAGUUAGCGGCUUCGAUCAGAAGAGAGAUGGAACUAGAGGAUUUAGUUGAGCAAUUACAAUCAGAAGCGCAAAAUGUAUCAGGUUCUGGAAGACGGACAAGUGAUUAUUUCUCAGACUCUGGUACUAGCUCUGUAAAAUAUGGCGGAGAACCAGAGUAUAAGAACAAUGAAAUUGUUCGCAUAAUGAGGAAAAACGAGCAAGAUGUGGCACAAAUAAAGCUUGAACUUAAUAAAACUGUUCACGAGGAAAGAAUGAGACGUAAAGAGCUUGAGACACAGGUUCGAAUUUUAGAGGAAAAAGCAUCUCGAACAGAAUUUUCCUCAACAGAGUCAGUAGACGUCAACAAACGUAUAAAAGAACUCGAAGAAAAUUGUGAAGAUCUUCGAAGGCGCCUAGUGGACGAAAGGAAAUUGAAGGAAAAUUUUGAGGAUCUUCUUGUGGCGCUCAAGAGAGAACUGCGCGACUCUCUUAACGAACGAGAUAACCUUCGAGAUGAGAUUGUACCACAACUACGGGCUCGGGUUGAGGGUCUCGAGUUGCAAGCUGCUGAACACGAAAAACUUGCAUACGAGCAGUCAAAAACCCAACAGGAGAUACAUACUAUAAAAGGAGAAAAAUUGGCCCUUAUGAUCUCGGAGAAUGCUUCAUCAGAGAUUUCUAAUGAGAUCAAUCGAUUUGCCACGGCAUCUACUGAUAGUCAACUUAUGUCAUUUAAUAGACCCAACUCUUUUUCACUAGGAUCGAAGCUUCGACUUUCACCUCAAUCGAGAACACUAACAGUGAAAACGUUUGAAACCAAAGAGGCCUUGGCUGAUAGAGUCAAGGAUAUUGAACUUCAACGAGACUCUCUACAUCUUGCUCUGAAGAGUUUACUAGAACGCCAAGAACACCAAAAUCGCGAAAAUCAAAAAAAGAUAAACCAGUUGGAAGCUGAAUUAGGCAAAGCACUGUCGACUUCACCAAAAAGACCAGGAUACGAAAGUGAAGUAAGACAUUUGCGAAUAGAAAUCAAUGCGCUUCGAACUCGCGCAGAUGAAGCAAUUCAGCAAAAGUGGCAGUGUGAAAAAGGCUUGAGUGGCCUUAAAAUGGAUCUUGAUCGCGCAGAGCAAGAUAUAAGUUCCCUGCGAACUCUAAUUGACCAAAAUGACCUCGAUUAUCCAAAGGAAGCUAACCCAGGAAACAUAAGCCCAAAAAUGAUUUGUCUCGAGAAUUCAUUCUAUGAAAUGAAAAACUGUUACUCCGAAUCUCUUAGAAAAAUAAUAUCUCAAAACUCUUCAGCUUUAGACGCCGAGACUCUACAGACUUUACAAGAAUUUGAACAAGUACUUUUGGCAGCUGUAACUGAUCGCGAACAUGUCGCACAGGAAACAACAUCGCUACGAGAGCGCAAUAAAACUUUAGUAGAAGAAGGAAAGCUUUUGAUUGAGGAAGGGACAACUCUUGCUGAAGAACUCCGUCUUUCCUCUCAGCGGGUUGAGGACCUUUCAGCUCAGAUAAGUCAGCAACUUGCCACUAAUGGCACACUUAGAAGGCGCCUAGCCCAAACGAUCGAGCGUAGUGAAAAGGAUCAAGAGGAAAAUGCUCGCAAAAUUAUGAGUUUGCAGAGUCAAUUAAGAUCAUGUGAGGAUCAAUUAGUCAAUGCGCAACAUAUUUCUGAAGAUCGUAUUCUAGCACACGAAGAGGAUAUCCGUGAUGUGAAAGAUAGUCAUAAUAGACAACUACAGCGCACCAAACUGCUUCCUCACUCUCCACUUACUCCUACAAUGGCCAGAUCAAUAAAAUCUCCUCGAUAUAACUUCGCUCUAGGCUCUGUUGCGGACGACAUAAAAAUAGGAAAAUUAUGGCAAAAAAUAACUGACCUCGAAAAAGCUUUGUCAAAUUCGGACAGUGAAAUGGAGUUAGUAGUUGGCCGUAUGAAUGCAGCGCAAAUACAGGUCAUGAACCUACAAAAUGAUCGGGAAGAAGCACUCCGGGAGACAAAACGGUUACAACAAGCGAUUGACUUGGAGAAAGCAAAGGCAACCUCUGGAACCUGGACAUCGCUUCUUUCUUGA